GUCUCUGAUCAUGAGAGGUCGUAGAUAAACAGCUUCAGCCCUCAAAGUUGCAUGCACUGCUACCUACCUACCUAUGUACUCUAUGUAUGUCAUGAAUGUGUGUGUGUCCCAGUGAAAUGACAGAUCUCUCUUGGGCAAAGUGCCAAAGCCACGCCAUGGAAGGAUAACUCUUCCAUUAGCGUUAAUUGAUAGACCGCAUAGUGCCUCUUUGCUUCAUUCAUCCACCCUGGAUUUUAGUUUUCGCCCUGCUUCAGCAACAUGGCCGGCACGGGCGUGUUGCCCUUCAUUCGCGGCUUAGACCUGACCCUCAACAACCUCGAAGAUGACCGCUUCCCGGAUGCCGUGGAGGACAUGACCUCGCUCCGUUGGCUCAAACUGACCUCGACCCGCCUGAAAUCCCUGCCCGUGGAGCUGGAGAAGCUCCAGAAGUUGGAGCACCUCACGGUCAAAAAGAAUUGCGUGGGCAGUUUGGACGUGAAUUUCUCGCAAUUGCCUUGCUUACGUACUCUCAAUUUGAGUCGGAACGCCCUGACCUCUGACCACGUCCCAGCAGGUCUCUUUGAGAACGAGGAGUUGACCACGUUGGAUUUAUCGCACAAUCAACUGAGCGACGUGCCCGAAGGCCUGUUCAAGGCCAAAUCCCUCUUGGUCUUGAACCUCUCGCACAACAGGAUCGAGAUCAUGCCCAGUCAAUUGCUCAUGGCCACCACGGACUUGUUGCAUUUGGACGUGUCGCACAAUGAUUUGGAUGCGUUGCCGCCACAAUUGCGCCGCUUGUCCAAUCUUCAAGUUUUGAUUUUGAGCCAUAACCCGUUGUCCCACUUCCAAGUCAGACCGUUGCCGUCGCUCACAGAGCUGCGGACAUGGCAUAUGCGGCAGACCCAGCGAACCAAUACCAACAUUCCCACGGGCCUCGAGGCCUUGGUGCAUUUGUCGGAUGUAGAUCUGUCCGAGAAUGAGCUAACCAAGAUCCCCGAGGGAUUGCUCACUCUGUCCAAUUUGAAGCGAUUGAACCUGGCCGACAAUCGUAUUGUGGAUAUCAGUGCCGACAUUGAGAAGUGGACCCAAUUGGAGACCUUGAUCCUCUCUCGGAACCAGAUCAAAGCUCUACCCAACACGCUGUGCAAACUGACCAAGAUUAAGAAAUUGUACUUGAACGAUAAUCAGUUGGAUUUCGAGGGCAUUCCGUCCGGGAUCGGGAAGCUCGUCCUCAUGGAGAUCUUCUCAGCGGCGGACAACCAACUGGAGAUGAUUCCCGAGAGCCUUUGUCGCUGUGGCCACCUGAAGAAACUCGUUCUGGCCAGGAACAAGUUGAUCACCUUGCCGGACGCCAUUCAUUUGACCGAAUUGGACACCUUGGACUUGAAAGGCAAUCCAGACCUGAUCAUGCCGCCGAAACCCAUGGAGAUGAUCCGAGGAUCAGGUGUCGAGUUCUACAACAUCGACUUCUCGCUCCAACACCAGCUCCGCUUGGCCGGCGCUUCCGUGCCCAAAUCCUUGGCCGAGGAACAAAUUCAAAAGGAUCCCGUGGCUCGAAAGAUGCGAUUGCGUCGGAAGAAGGCCGAGAGCGAUGCUGAGUCCGCCAAGGUCUUGAAAGGUAUGGAGGACGUGGCCAAGAGUAAGAACAAAGAUAGUGAAAGUGGCGGGGAGAACUUGAAUGACUCCAUCAAGGCCAAACGGUGGGACGAGGCGUUGGAGAAGCCUCCCUUGGACUACUCGGAAUUCUUCGACGAAGACGUGGGCCAGUUCCCCGGCCUCACGGUCUGGGAGAUUGAAAACUUCUAUCCGAAUCAAGUCGACGAUUCGCUCCACGGGAAGUUCUACGAGGGCGAUUGCUACAUCGUGCUGAACACGUUCAUGGACGAGCAGGGUUCGCUGAACUGGAAGAUUCACUAUUGGAUCGGCGAAGAGGCCACGUUGGAUAAGCGCACGUGUUCGGCCAUCCAUUCCGUCAAUUUGCGCAACUACUUGGGCGCCGAAUGCCGAACAGCCCGUGAAGAGCAGGCCGACGAAUCCGAAGAAUUCCUCGAGCUCUUCGGAACGACCCUUGAGUACGCGAAAGGCGCUCGAACGGCCUCAGGGUUCUAUUCCGUGGAGGACGUGGAGUACACCACUCGAACCUAUCGGAUCCACGAGUCCCAGAUCAACGGCAUCCACAUGGAGCCCGUUCAAACGGAGGUGGCCAUUCUGGAUUCUCGCUUUGUUUUCCUCGUGGAUGCGGGGCUCAACAUCUUCGUCUGGUACGGACUCAAGUGCAAGAACACGCUCAAAUCCAAGACCCGGCUCAUGGCCGAGAAGAUUAACAAGAUUGAGCGCAAGAACAAAGCCACCAUCCAGAUCUUCUCCCAAGGCACGGAGCCCUUGGAAUUCUGGCAGACCCUCUUGGACGAUCCGGAGGCUCUUGAAGACGCCAUCCCCGAAGGACCGCCCGUCAACAAUGUGCCCGAUGACUUUCAACCCAUCAUUCCUCGCCUCUACAUCGUCGGACUCGGCAUGGGCUAUCUCGAGUUGCCGCAAGUCGAGAUCCCCGGGCACAAGAUGAAACAAGAACAUCUCCAAACCAAGAAUGUCUACCUACUCGAUUGCUACUCGGACUUAUUCGUUUGGGUGGGCAAGAAGUCCACGCGUUUGGUUCGGGCCGCGGCCUUGAAGCUGUCCUCCGAGUUAUUUGCCAUGCUUUUACGACCCGAAUAUGCCAUGAUUCAUCGCGUGUCCGAAGGCACAGAGUCCCAGGUAUUCAAGUCCAAAUUCGUGGGCUGGGACGAUGUGAUCGGGGUGGAUUUCACCCGCACAGCCCAAUCCGUCCAGAGGACCGGUGCCGACUUGAACAAAUGGGCGCGGCAGCAAGAGACCAAGGCCGAUCUGUCGGCCCUUUUCACGCCCAGACAACCGCCCAUGUCGCCGCAAGAAUCCGCAGCCUUUGCCUUGGAGUGGAACGAGGACCUGGAGAAGAUGGAGGCCUUCGUGUUCGAAGGCAAGAAAUUCGUCAAAUUACCCGAAGAGGAGAAAGGCUUGUUUCAUAGUGCUGACUCAUACGUGUACUUGUGCCGUUAUUGGGUCCCACCCGAGGAAUCCGAUGAUGCCGACCACGACGACGAAGAUGAGCCCGAGGAAGAGGAUCAAUGUGUCAUUGUCUAUUUCUGGCAGGGUCGUGAUUCAAGCAACAUGGGUUGGCUCACUUUCACGUUCAGCUUGCAAAAGAAGUUCGAGGCUCUUUUCGGGGAGAAGCUGGAGGUGGUGAGGAUGCAGCAACAGCAAGAGAACCUCAAGUUCAUGUCCCAUUUUGCCAAUGGACUCAUCAUCAAGCAAGGAUCGCGAAAACAGACUCAAGUUCCGGAUUACAAAGCCGAGCCAGAAUUCUAUCACAUCCGUUCGAAUGGGAGCGCCCUUUGUCGGCGUUGUGUGGAGAUUCAACCCGAUGCCGCAUUGCUCAAUUCCAAUUUCGUCUACAUCCUCAAAGUGCCUUUCGACCCCUUGGACAAGUCCGGGAUUGUCUACGUGUGGAUUGGCAGCAAGGCCAAUGCAGACGAGGCCAAAGUGGCCGAGAAUAUCGUCUCGUCUCUGUAUGAUCCCGAUCGUUUUUCUGUCCAGAUCUUGAACGAAGGUGAGGAGCCCAAUAACUUCUUCUGGGUGGGACUGAACGGGAAGAAAGCCUAUGAUAAGGAUGCGGACUUCAUGAACUACGGGCGACUGUUUCGAUGCUCCAAUGAGAAGGGCUACUUCACGGUGAGUGAGAAAUGCUCGGACUUUUGUCAGGAUGAUUUGGCUUUGGAUGAUAUCAUGAUCCUGGACACGGGCGAGCACGUGUUCUUGUGGAUGGGCCCACGAUGUUCCGAGGUCGAAGUGAAGCUCUCCUACAAAUCUGCCCAAGUGUACAUCCAAAAUCUGCGAGCCAAACAAUCCGAGCGACCCCGGAAACUGUUCCUUACCAUCAUGGGGAAGGAAUCGCGGCGAUUCACGCGGUGCUUUCACGGCUGGAGUCACAUCAAGGCUAUCCCGAGAUGAUUGCUCUCAACACGAGACCAACACUAUUGCAUUACAAGCAUUCAUAUUACAAUCAUUAUUAUUAGUUUUUUUCAUCCUCUAACUGGCUGUUUUUCGAUACUACUGUGAAUGAACUGCCAGUUCAUUGGCCUUUACUUACCCGAUUCCCUGUUUGAUACAAUCUGGAAAUACUGAAAAAUAUAUGACUGUUUAAGCUUAGUGUCGCUAAGA